AUGAGUAAAAGUAAUGGAUAUAUUGCUAAUAUGUGCAUGAUGGCAAACGUUAGGGCUUACUUUUUAUUUAGACAAAGAAAAGAGUUUAAAACAAUUUUCGACGAUUUGAACAAUCACCAAUUUCAGCCAAUCAACGGAGAUGCUAAGCUCAUAGCAGAGAAAAGUUUGGCAUUUUUUACAAAACUUCACAACUUAUGGAUUUUUGUGAUCACCCCUUAUUGCCAAUUAGUCAAACGUAUCCAAUAUAGAAGAAACAUAAGAGAAACAUUUUCUAGUUUUCGAAGAACGAAUACAUUAAAAAGUAAAGAUGCUGUUUCAACUACAGUUAAGCAUGCUCUCACAGUAAUAUCUCUAAUGGCUUGCGUAUCCUCAAUAACAACUCCCAUUUUUUAUUCUAAAAAUGGAGGAUUACCAGUUGCUGCUUGGUACCCUUUCAAUAUUUCCUUUAAACCAAAUCAUGGACUCGUUUAUUUUCACCAGACUAUCGCUAUCUUUUAUGAGUCCUUGGUUAAUAUUGAAACUGACGUGCUGGCAUCUGGUUUGUUCACUUUUAUAGGAAUUCAAUGUGAUUUUCUCUGUUACAAACUAUCUAAUGGAUCUGAUUCAAAUAUAAAAAAUUAUGUACAAGACUAUCAGAGAAUUCGCAAGAUAGCAAAAAGUUGUGAAAAUAUAUUCAGCACUAUAUAUUUUUUCCAGUUUUUCGCUACAACAAGUGGAUUAUGUAUGACACUCUUCUUAUUAACUUUGGUUCAGCCAUAUACAUUCGAAUUCUUCUUUCUGGUUGUUUAUCAAGCCGCCGUUUUUAAUUUGCUUCUGGUCCCAUCCUGGUUUUCAUCAGAAAUUAGGAGGAAGAGUGAAAAUAUUCCUGUAGCCGCAUAUUGCUAUCCUUGGGUAGAUGCCACAAAAAGUAUGAAACGUGAUCUAGCAUUUUUCAUACAAAACACACAAAAACCUAUACAAUUGAAAGCUUUAAGUUUCUUCAAUUUAUCACUUGAGAUAUUUUUAAAGAUUGUUCAAUCAUCGUUCUCGUAUUACACAAUGUUGAAAAAGAUUUCGACGUAA